UGUGUGUGUGUGUGUGUGUGUGUGUGUGUGUGUGUGUGUCCUCAUCAUCAGAGCCUGACAGCUUCUUUAAACCGCUUGAUUGAAGGCGCGUCGAGGAUUUAAACCAGAGUGUUUAAGUGGCUCCUCCUGAUCGUAAUCAAUCACCUCUAGUGAUCAUGAACAGGUCAGCCCAUCGCCCACGGCAACGGAAACAUGCACAUAAGUCUCACGUUUAAUCCACCCUGCAGAGAUGCAAUCAGAAAAAAAGGCGUUUGCAGACACACAUUCCUCCACCCGUCCAUCCACGACCUCCUCCUCCUCCUCCUCCUCCUCCUCCUCCUCCAUCACCGCCGUCAGCUGGGCAUCAUGCGGGCGCUCCUGGAGAGCAGCUGGAUGAGGUUUGGACCUGCAGGCCGAGGGUCGUAUGACUGGGUGACAGGGUCGCCUCCAACACUGGAGAGGCAGGGCCAGAACCCCAAUGAGCUGGACCUGGGAGAAGACAGGAAGUCGGAGCUGGUGGUGUACGUCGUCCUCCCGGUCGUCUCCGUCCUCCUUCUGGCUCUCCUGGCCGGCUUCAUCUACCUUCGGUGUUCCCGCAGCAAACUGAGCCUGGCCGACAUCAUCGCUCUGGACCUCCAGGACGCCGAGAGCAGCGCCGAGUUCCUCUGCUCCCUGACCAGGAACGCAGAGCGCCACACCAGCACCAGCUCGGACGGGUCGGACGGGGUCUUCGUCAUGGUCUACCUGCCUCCCCCCUACGAGGAAACGCUCACCAAGAUCACCCGGGCCGCCAGCCUCUCCAGCUCCAAAGACGCCGAGUCGAUAAAGAUCGAAGACCUGGAGGCCAAGCUGUGUCCGGAGCUCAAGUCCAGCGGCCGAUACGUGUGACGAGGAGACGAAGCUCCGCCAACAAAGACUCUUAAAACUCCAAUAUUUGGUGUUUUUAUAACUUUACUGUCUCUGAAUGAUACUUUAUUUAACUACCAGUCAACUCGGCGGCUCUGUGUAGCUCAUAGUUUGGAGACUGCAGACGAUCGUUACAGGGUUUGAUGUAACGAGUCGUGACACGUGUGUAGACACGGACGAGAAGACUUCUUUCUUUGUUUGGUUAAACAGCAGAUAUAUAUAUAUGUUUCUGAUCGGUGCAGUUUGAUAGUUACACUUUCGUCUUGUGACCGUUGUCUCCAGUCUCCUCUACACUUUCUGUCCUUCUCGUCGACUCAAACCGCCCACGGAGGACGAACGUCGGACUCGUCAGGUGCAGAUAAACACGGAGGACUGAAGCUAAACGUUCAAUAAAUCAAUCAAUAAGCCAUCAAAUGUACCGAAAGUAAUAUCAAACAUAAAUGUAGGCUGUAAUUAAAUGAUAUAUUUCUGUUUUCAUAUUCUUCUGCCUUCAUUUAUCCUUAUUUUUAUAUUAAUUCACCAAAUGUAUUUACGUUUUUAAUUGAAAACAUCAUUAAUUAACUAAUUCAUCAAUUAAAUGUUUAUAUGUAUAGGGACAAGUAUAUGUAGAAUAACCUGCCACACCUGCCUGUUCCUGAAUCAUAGAAAACCAGAUGGAAAAGUAAAAUAAACACAAAUGUGAAUAAAUCCAGAAGCAAAAUAAAAACAGAAAUAUUGAUUGAUGUCACAUUUUAUGCUUCAGGUGCAUUUAAUGGCGUUCAUACUUUUAUUCGUUCUUAAUUUUGACUGUUUCAGGCCUCCGUACUCGAACACGAUGUUUGUCUUGAGUUCUUCUUCUGUCCUUUGCUGUCCAAACAUCAAUAAAUACAGUUUUAGAGGA